GUGCCAUCUAGGGAUUUUCCAUAAUUUCCAAUGCACGUGUUCAUUUGUGAUUACGGUGAUGAAAUUCGGAAUGAAUGAUGGAACAUUGUCAAAAAUGUGGAUCCGAACAAUUUUAUGAAGAAGAUGGUUUUCAAUUUUGUUCACAUUGUCAAACACAAAGUCAAGGAUUCGCUAAAGAAGUUGCUGCGGAUGAAUAUCCCGAAGAAAUUCGCCAUAAAGAAAUACGUAUCAACAAACAGAGCAAUGAUCGAAGAAAGACGAAUCAGACAAAAAACUUGAAUAAAAUUGGUAUUCAUAGCACAUGGAAUACAUUCGAAGCAUUCAAUUCAAUUUAUAUCGAAUUUAUUAAAGAUUUUUUCAAAAUAAUCCAUUUGAACGGAUUACCAUUCUCGAAUGAAAUGAAACAACGUUUUAUAUCAGUAUCAAUGCAAUUAUGGUUCAAAUAUCUGCGUGAAAGUGAUAUUGCAUUUGCUGUUGAUGAACAUAUGGAAAAAAGGAUUCGUUUGCAUCCAUUAACCAGAUAUCGUGAUAAUUAUCUUCUAGCCAAUCCAUCAUUAUUGAAUCAGGAUGAUGAUGAUAAUCAAUUUAUUUUACCAUAUUCUCGUCAUAAAACAAUCAAUCAGCCAAGAGAUGACAACUUUCAAUUAAGUUUUGGCAAUCGUUAUCGUUGCAAAUAUAAAAACAUCAAAAUGAAUGAAAAUGAUAAAUAUUUUGAUGAAAAUGAUCCGGAUAAAUGCGGUGAUCCAAGAUAUCAAAUGCGAAUCAUCAAAGGACCCUAUAAACGUGAUAAGGCAGUGAAAGCUAAUAAAUUAUUAGUCACAGAAGCUGUUUCGGCAACUAAUUUUGUCGAAAAUGGCAAUGCAUUCAUCAAUUUCAUCAAUGAUUAUUUGUCAUCUGGUGGUUCUUUACCAAAACAAGUCACACCCACAAACAUUGAUAGUGAUGACGCCGAUAAUAAUGAUGAUAAUGAACCCGAAUUGCUAAUGGAUGAAGAACAAUUUAAGCGUUUGAAAUUCAAACAUAUGUCGAAUAAAUCGAAAUAUUUGGAAAAACAUUUAUCAUUCGAUGCAUGUAAUGUGGGUACUAGACAUUCAUCACCAUUUAGCAAUGAAGUGAUUAGUAAAUACAAAAUUCUGGUCUUUCUUUAUUUGGCUAUACGUUUAUUUAAUUUCAAUAUCUAUUUGACUGAUCUAAUUCGUUGGUGUAAUGCUGGCUCGAUACGUUUUGCCAAUUUAUUUGAAAAUUUUCUCGAUAAACAAGAAACAAUACUGAGCAUGGAUGUUCUAACAUUUGUGGAUUAUAAAUAUCCUGAUUAUAGAAAAAUUGUUCGAAUAAUGCGUAAUAUGAUUAUACAUUUGAAUUUGGAUUAUUCAAUCAUUCCCAAACCCAAUCUUUAUUGUUUAAUUAAACGUUAUCUUUAUGAUCUCAAUCUGCCCGAUGGACUGUUAUUAUUGAUUAGAUAUCGUUACGAACGUUUUAUCGAUUAUUAUUCAAAUGAAUCGCUUACCGAUAAUAUAAAUGGAAAAAGUAUAUCACCUUGUUAUGAUAUUGUUUGUAUUGUAUCCAUUAUCUUAAUAUUGCGUGAUUUAUUCAAUUUUAAUGGAUCAACCGAAUUGAAUUAUUUCCAUAAUCAAUCAUUUCGCCAUACCAGAUUUGAAGAUAAAUUAUUCAAUUGGAAUCAAUGGUUACAUUAUUCACGUAUACGUUUCAAUCUAAUCAGAUCAUUUCGAAUGAAUAUACGAAUCGACAAUUUGGAUAUAAUCGAUAUAAAUGAUACAUUAUCCAAUCUAUAUCGUAUGACGGAAUUUUUUCGAGAUGUAAAAAUUGCCAGAAAAGUUCAAGCCAAACAAUAUUGUUGGCCAACACGUUUUAAUCUGCAAGAAUCGUUUGAAAAAGCAAUAUUUACGGAAAACAAUUUCGAAUGGAAAGCCCGAAUCAAACAACAACCAAAAUCAAUUCCAUCAUUUUAUCCACUGACCACAUCGACAGCCGAAAUUCUUGAACAAAUCAAAAAUAAUGACAUCAAAAACAUUUUACAACAAAAUUUUCGCCAAAAAUUAAUAACCCCCUAUGUUUGUGAUCAUAAUUUUAAUAAUUUUCAUCGACAACGAUCAACAAGACUUUUUGGUGGAACAUUUCAAAUAUCACGUAUUCGUUUGUUGUUAUCCGAUACGACUAGAUUUUUAUUAGAUUUAGCAACAUUCAUUACCUGUGUCGAUAUUUAUCCUUAUUUACCAUUCCUUCGAACGGCCGAAAAAUUUGAUCGACAACCCAAAAAUUUAAUCUAAUUUUUCUAAAUUACAAAAUUUAAUGGCAAUAAUGUAAUAAUGUAAUAAAUGAAUCAUUUUUUUGUAUAAU